AUGUGUCGAUGUGUGUGCUUUUGUGUUUUGACGGUGCACAAAGUCCGGCUGAUCUCGCGCAAAGUCGAUGAUGGAUUGGUUUUGGGCUGUUGCAUUUGUCAAAUGCUUUUUACUCCUCCUCGCCUCAACAUUCUACGACCGCCAGAAGCCGUGUCCAGCCUUUGUUCGUCCGAGACAUGCAACAUCAGACAAGGUACCAAACUGAAUUCAGCCUCCAAGUCUAUUCUUAUCUCAUCUAAAGUGCCUUCUCGGCGGACCGGAAUUGGUGAAAAAACGCCACCAGCUGAUCACACUUUCUCAGCCCACUCUAAAAUGCCUCACGGUACUUUUACAGAGUCUGUCUUCCCACGGAACUUCGAGAUAUCAACGAUACCAUCACAGAAGCCGUGA